CAAAAUUGUACUUAAGUACGUUACUUGAGUGAAUGUCCUUACUGUAGUUACUUUCCAUCACGGGUCAUAAAAUGUGCACCAUGACUGAUAAGAGCGAGCUAAUGAGAAAUUAAGUUUGCGGUUACAAUAUAUAACCAUUUAGAAACUUAAAGCAGUGUUACAUCUUCAGAGUAUUUGCACAGAUGAGAGGCACAUUUUGUUUACUGCAGAUGAGAGCAUUUUAUCAAUAAAUUACAACCAAAAUGAGCUAAAACCAGAUCUCAGAAAAGAACGGUAUCCUCCUUUGUUUAUACAUAUGAAUAUACAGGAACUUCUAAUUAAAAAAUAAAGCUUGGGUUUUGUUAUAAUUUGAUUUCCACCUGUAAAGAUGAUAGAAAAAAGUGAAAAGGAGAGCACUUGAACUGGAUUUGAGCUGUUUUAAAAGGCACAAGUGAAAGUUAAUAGCUGUUAAAUGAACCCAGGGUGGUGUGAUGUGUCAACCCCUUUGAGAAAAAACUGCAGAAACUGGAAAGAAGAAUGAGAGAAUAAAAGAGGAAGAAAGAGGAGGAGCCAGCAGAUGGUUGAGAACAGGAUUUGGAGGUAAGAUAGACAGAUAGGAGGGCUCUUCCUGAGUUGAGCUGUUGGCUGUGUGGGGCUUUUUCUCCGCUUCCUCCACUCCCAAACUAUGGACUAAACUUACACAAAAGUUACUUCUCUUUGGAAAGAUCUGAGCCACAUCGGAGAUGAGUGACCAAGACAGCAGCGCCUCGGCCUCUCAAACAGAGGGAGAAUUUGAGGGAGAGAUGGACGGAGAGGUGGACGGGGAAGGAGAAAGAGAUGAAUACCACAGGGAAAGCCCGGCCCCCAGUCUGUCCAGCUUCUCCCCGUCUCUGCGCGCCGUCGUACGCAUCAAACAGAAGUACCAGGCCAUGAAGAAGCGGCGUCAGGAGAUGAGCCUGGGGCUGGCAGGAGCAGGGGCCCUCACAGGAGCCCCGGCGAGAACCAGCCCUAAAAUCUUCACCUUCGACGGACUCACCCCCUCCAGCUUCCCCACCCUGACGUCCACCAUCGCUCAGAGGAAAAAGAGGAGAAAGAGGAAACGGGUGUUGUAUCCCAACAGCGGGGGGUGCAAGGCCCCGCCGAAGCAAGAGCAAAGCCGAGCCAAAUACUGCCUUUACCUGCUCUUUGCCAUCGUCUUCAUCCAGGUGUACAACGCCAUAGAGAACCUAGAUGACCACGUUCUCAGGUACGACCUGGAGGGGCUGGAGAAGACGCUGAGGAGAGAGGUGUUUGGGCAGCAGGGAGUGGUGGAGGUUCUGCUGUCCCACCUGAAGGACUACCUGUCCACCUACGUCCACAACAAGCCCCUGGUGGUUUCCCUGCACGGCCCCAGCGGUGUGGGCAAGAGCCACCUGGGACGCCUCCUGGCCGGACACUUCCGCUCGGUGGUGGGGGAGACGCUGGUGCUGCAGUACUACGUCCUCCACCACUGUCCCCAGGAGGCCGACGCCCUGCAGUGCGCCCGCAACCUCUCCACUCUCAUCUCAGAGAUGGUCCAACGGGCCGAGGAGGAGGAGAAGAUCCCGCUGUUCAUCUUCGACGAGGCCGAGCACAUGCACGACGAGAUCCUGGACGAGCUGUGGCAGCUGGUGGCCUCCAAACAGUCCAAUGAAUACCUGAAUGCUAUCUACCUGUUCCUGAGCAAUCUGGGUCAUGCACACAUCACCAAACAUAUGCUACACAACUCCUCAAGUAUUUCUAUGGCAAUGACAGCAUCUGGUCGUCAUAGUAACCUAGGAAAAGAGCUGACUCCAAUAUUACGCAACAUUCUGGAGAAGCGUCACCUACUGUGGACAGAGGCUGACAUCUUACCUCUGGGCCUUUUGGAGAAAGGGCACGUGAUGGAGUGCUUCCUGGAUGAAAUGACUCGAGAGGGGUUCUACCCGGAUCAUACCAACAUAGAGCGCCUCGCAGGGGAGAUUGAAUACUACCCCGAGGUAGGGGGGCGCGAAUAUUCCCAGACAGGCUGCAAGCAAGUGGUGGCUAAAGUCAACCUGCUGUGAAAUCCUCUGCAGGAAAUGUUUGGAUGUCUCACAUUCUUUAAACCAUGAAGAAAUAGUGCUUGAGAAGUAAGUGAGGGGAUCUGGUUACGAAACUUGAAUGACACAACUCAGAGCCAGAGCUUUCAAGAUAAAGUUAUGUAAGAGUGAAAAAAAGAGCAGUCUGCUCCCAGACAAAGGACGCUGAAGACGUUCGGCUCUGUUCUGGGAAAUGGUGUGAAUCCUAUGAAGAGGUUUGAAAACGUCCAGUACACACACACACACACACACACACACACACACACACACACACACAGUCUUUAAAGGGUCAGUUCAUCCAAAUUAUGAAAAAAAACGUAUUUUCUCACUUACCUCUGGUGGUAUCUAGCCAUACAGAUGCUCACAGCAUUACAAAUGAUACAUUUAAAAAAAACAAAACACUUUUUAUAAGGACUAUUUCUUCAGUAGAAAAUACUGUAGUUUAAAUGAAAACUGUUGACGGGGGGGGGGUCCGUCUUAUCAAGAGUGAUGAGGGCAUUGUUCCAAGACAUUUCCAUUAGCCUCAACUAUACUUUGUGUUUAGUGGUAAUUAGCAAAUGCUAGCAUGUUAACACGCUAAACUAACGUGUUGAACACUGUAAACAUACCUGCUAAACAUCACCAUGUUAGCAUUGUCAUUUUGAUCAUUUUAGCAUGCUGAUGUUAGCAUUUAGCUCAACUCAUCGCUGUGCCUAAGUACAGCCUCACAAAGCUGCUAGCGUGGAUGCAGACUCUUAGUCUUGUUUAAAUGUAAUUUUGUGAGCACCGCAAAUUUCAUUCAUCUCCAAUGUAUUGGGGUGGAGGCAGAAAUCUCAAAGAGGGUUAUGUAAAAACCUGGACAAAUAAAAACAAAACUAUCUAAAUUACUAGAUACCACUAGAGGUAAUUGAGAAUAUAUGUAUUUUUUAACUCCCAACUACUAUUAGGAAGUCAACCAGAAGUAGUAGGAGAUGAGCAGGACUAUAUAUUCAUUUAUAAGAGGAAGUUCAGAUACUUAUAAUGCAUCAGUUACUAACACAUUUUAGGAUGUUUUUUUUUUGUCAGACAUGUCAAAUGUGAUGCAGCAGAUUCUGUAGCUAUUUCUACACAAUCUACAAUGUAUAAGCCUGUGGAUCUACUUAAAUAAUAUACAGUAUAAGAACUGUAUUAAAGUAUUAAAUUAAUACUGCCUUGGACCUGCAGAUGGAAAGUUGCUAGUAGCAACAGCCGGUGGCUCAUCACUAGAUUUAGCCACUCGCUAAGUCUGGUGAUUUAGCUAUUAGCAGAAUGAAUCUUACCUGCAUACAAGGCAUCUCUUCUCUUUGUUUUAGAAUAUGUAGUCACUGAAGUUUAUUUAUUAAAGAAAGUAAAGGCAAUAUUUUUUGCAUGGAUAUAGGCCUACUGUGUUCACAUCCAAAGAAAUUAACUUUAAGUCAACGCAGACUUGCAUUAAUAUUACUCAUCGGUUUUCUAAUAUUUACUAACUUUAACGUGUAGUGAGUGCCUUGAAAUUAAAGACACCAUUUAAACAUGGCUAGGAGAGUUUUCUUACAGCAGCCUGCGAAGCGUAAUACAGCGCUUUUUGUUUUUUAAAGGAAAAAAGAAAAGGAAAUCAUAAAGCAGACUGCCAGCAGCUGUUUAGUUUAGCUUAGCAUAACGACUGGAAAAGGAGGAAACAGCCAGCCUGGCUCUGUCCAACAAUUCAGGAAGUCACUGUGCCCGGCCAAGAAAUAGUCCAGCACAUAAGCUGUCCUAAAACCACAACGUGCUGUUUUUACACUUUGGUUUCUGUGCAGAUUAAAAAAACAAGAUAUAAUGAGUUAAUUUGUGAGCUUUAGAGGUGCUAGUAGGUAGGUGUUUUUACUACUUUUGAACAGAACCGGCUCAGUUUCCCCUUGCCUCCAGUCUUUAUGCUAAUCUGAGCUGUAGCUUCAUCCUCAGCAUACAGACAUGAGAGUGGUAUCCAUUUUUUCAUCUAACCCACGUCAAGAAAGCGAAGAAGCGCAUUUCCCAAAAUGUCAGACUAUUGCUUUAACUCGGGGUCCAGUUACUAGCUUUUCCCACUGCUUUCAACUUGUUUUUCUCAGCAGAUGGAGUUUGUUGAAGUCCACAACUGAACAAAGGAAGCUCUCCAGAUGUGGUUAAAGCUCCAGAAAAGGCUAGUAAGUGGGCCCUGAGUUAAAACGACUAUAAUUGAUAUUUUUAUAAUAAUAAUGUAUCAAAUGACAAUGUGAAAACAAUGUGAAAGGGGAGCAGGCAGCUGUUUCCAGUGGAAAGCUCUAAAAACCCACUGUACACUACCUGUACAGUUUGGGGCCAGUUGGUGAACAUAGUGGAGCAUUUAGCAGCUAAAGAGCCAGAUAUUUCCCUCAGGAGCUGGUGGAGACCAUAAACAGCUAAAAUUGAGUGAAUAUUGGACUCACAUUCAUCAGGUGACACAAACACGACUCCAAAUGAAUGAUAAUAUUGCUUCGUAACUGCUGGAUGUGUAAAUGUUAAGUUUGCCAUAUAAAGUUGAUAUGAUAAUGUUGCAGGUUUAUUAAAAGACGUACAACUUUCA